AUGGUCUUCCACGGCUGGAAGUGGCUCCUCCUCUUGGGCAGGCAAAACACCUUUGCCAAGGCUUGGAGGAACAGGAGGGGAGACCCAUCUCUGUGCUGGAAGCGUUGCUGCCAUUGGAGUGCUGGCAAGUCUCUGGACCCCGAGGUGAGAGCAUUUUUGGAGGAGAACACAGAGGUAACCAGCAGUGGGCACCUCACGCCAGAGAUACGACUGCGCCUCCUCACCCCUCGCUGCAGGUUCUGGAGGGAAAAACCUGACCUGUGGCCUUAUGGGGACCCAUUCUGGGCAAUUUACUGGCCAGGAGGCCAAGCCCUCUCCAGGUAUAUUUUAGAUAAUCCACGGGUUGUUAAAGGACGAUCGGUUUUGGAUCUUGGAAGUGGCUGUGGAGCAACAGCAAUAGCUGCUGUGAUGAGUGGUGCAUCUCAAGUCCUUGCUAAUGACAUUGACCCUAUUGCAGGAAUGGCGAUGAUCUUGAACUGUGAACUGAACCACCUGAAUCCCUUCCCCAUCACCAUUAAGAACAUCAUUAAUUCAGAGGCUGGCAACUGGGACCUCAUUGUUCUAGGAGAUAUGUUUUAUGAUGAACAACUUGCCGAUGGUCUGCAUCACUGGCUGAGGAAAUGCAUCAGGAUACAGCAAACUGAAGUGCUGAUUGGUGACCCUGGCAGGCAUCAGUUUUUAAGCCACAGCAUUCGCAGUCAGUUGCACAAAGUUAUAGAAUAUUCCCUUCCCGAGUAUACUAGACAAGAAAACAAUGGAUUAACAUCAAGUAUCGUCUGGAGUUAUCAGCCCUCAAAUAGCUGAGAAAACUGUUAAUGCUGGCUUUCUAAUGAAUUGUCUCACUUUGCUGGCUAUUUUAUUGGAAAUAUGUAAAAUGAAAAUGGGAAUUAAACAUGGAGCAUAUCUGUGAUGCAAAGUAAAUUACUGUACCUUCACUGUACUGAUUUCAGUCAUGCUCACUGAGGCUUUUGGUCCAUUUGAGGUAAAAACUACAUGCAAACUGUAUUCAAAGGAGCCUGCACUAAAGUGCAAAUCCAAAGACAAGUUACAUGUAAGAGUUUGCAUGCUUGAUGUUUUUCAUGUAUAUUCAUGUCUUGCUCUCUGACACUGGACAUCCAGCAUACUGCUGUG